AUGGCCAAUAAUAUUCCAAAACGCCACUGGGUUGAAAAUGAAAUCAGUUCACUGAUAAACGCUUGGUACACUCACCAUAACGAUUGUGUAAAAGUUAAUGUUUACAUUAAAAUCGCUGAAAAAUUAGCAAAAAUAUCCUUUUACAGUUCUGUAAAACAGAUCGAAAAUAAAAUAAAAGAGAUCGUAAGAUCAUUUCCUAUUUUCCACACGCACAUGGCAACACUUGAAGCCAUACUUGUCAAUGAAUGUAGUGCACCAAAUGGCCCAACUCCAACAGGUCAGGGGUCACUUCAACGACCCGAUAGCCAGCAACAAACAACAUCCUCAUUGAUAUCGCUAUCUGACCUAAUUCCACCCAACACUACCUUGGCAAGCCAGGACUCACUAUCACAACAACAACAACAGCCUGCUUCUGCUACUACAUUGGAAGCACCUUGUUUGGCACCAGUAUUUGACCCGAUUCCACCCAGCCCUACUGUUACAAGUCAAGUUCAUGGUAAAUGUAAUUGUACGCACAAGACAACAGGCUACAACUGUGAAAGAUGUGAAGACUUCUAUAACGAUCUUCCAUGGAGACCUGCGAGAGAAAAGCAACCAAAUGCAUGUCGGAAAUGUAAUUGUAACAAUCAUGCAACAAAAUGUCACUUUGAUCCUGCUGUUUAUGAAUUAACUGGCCGUGUCAGUGGAGGAGUUUGUGAUAACUGUACACACAAUACCAUGGGCCGUAACUGCCAGUUUUGCAAACCAUUUUUCUACAAAGACCCCAGCAGAGAAAUCACUGAUUAUGAUGUUUGUCGACAGUGUGAUUGUGAUCCAUCUGGAUCUGAAAAAGGUGGUGAGUGUCAUGGUUACACCAGUUCUGAUGGGCGUUACAAAGCUGGUAAAUGUGAUUGUAAGCGCCAUGUGGCAGGAAAUCGAUGUGACACGUGUGCUAAUGGUUUCUGGAAUCUGAAUACAGACAACCCAUUUGGGUGUGAAGCUUGUGUGUGCAAUGCUGUUGGUACAAGUCCUGGGAACAGCUGUGACAAGUCUACAGGAAAUUGUCUCUGCAAACGUUAUGUCACAGGACAGCAGUGUGACCAAUGUUUCCCUGGAUACUGGGGCUUAAGCAACGAUAUAAAUGGAUGCAAACCAUGUGAUUGUGAUAUUGGCGGUGCCUAUAGUGAGACUUGUGACCAAUCAACCGGUCAGUGCAAAUGUCGUCCUAACAUCUACGGCAGGAAGUGUGAUCGACCGGUGCCUCUUUACUUCACUCCGUCCCUUGAUAUUUUGCGGUUUGAAGCUGAAUUUAGCCAUGGUUUAGGGAAUGCUCAUGUUGUGAUUAGGGAACCAGAUCCCGAUCAACCCAUCAGCUUCACUGGAUCGGGUUUUAUGAAAGUCUUGGAAGGUGAUACCAUUGACUUUACUAUCACCAAUUUGACUGCUUCCAUGGACUAUGAUAUUGUCGUUCGAUACAGCCCAUUGAUGCCAGAGAUGUGGGAGGAUAUCCGUGUCGUGAUUGACCGACCUGGGCCAGUAAAUCAAUCGGGUCCUUGUGCCAAUACCCACCCCCAAAAUGACUACAAGUCAACAACAUUGGCUCCAGAUUCACACUAUACCAUUGUCCGGCCACCAUCAUGUCUUGAGAAAGGAGUUACCUACACUCUCAAGUUGAUAUUCAACCGUUAUAGGAGCGGAAGACCAACGCCUCGUGCAUCUGCUCUUAUUGAUUCAGUGGUGCUCAUUCCCAGCACAAAGAGCAUUCCCAUUUUCCAAGGACCUCGGCUACCUUCUUAUUUGAAGAAUGAAUAUAUUCGGUACCGCUGUGCUGAAACUCAAUAUCCUGCAGUUCAACCAGAAAUUCCAGAUAUCUGUAAAUCACUGUUCUUCAGUAUUUCAUCAGUUUUACAUCUUCAGGCUAUAAAAUGUGACUGUGAUCUAACUGGAUCGAAAACUGCCGAAUGUGAUGACCUUGGUGGUCAUUGUCACUGUAAAGAAAACGUUGUUGGUCGUAGGUGUGACCAAUGCGCCCCUGGAACCUACAACUUCGGACCCGACGGCUGCUCACCCUGUAACUGUGAUCCUCAAGGGUCAAGGAACAACUUUUGCAACCCUCAGUCAGGUCAUUGUUUAUGUGCACCAAAUGUCGAAGGCCGCACUUGUGACAGAUGCAUCGAAGGUCACUGGAACUUCCCCAACUGUCGAAAAUGUCAAUGUAAUGGUAUGGCAGAGACUUGUAAUAAUGAUGACGGCCACUGCAUUAAUUGCCGAGAGUUUACCACUGGACAAUAUUGUGAGAGAUGUCGCGAUGGCUACUAUCAAGAUCCUCGUGUAACCGGCCGUAUUGCUUGCCAACCAUGUUAUUGUCCAAAUGGUCCUCAAGACAGCAACCAGCGUGCUGAUAGUUGCUCUUUUGAUCUUCAGAAACAAUCUGUGGUCUGUUAUUGUCACAAAGGAUAUGCAGGUCUCAAUUGUGACACUUGUGCUCCGAAUUAUUUUGGCUCUGCUGAUCUUGGAACUUGUAAGUCAUGUGAUUGCAAUGGUAACAUUGACCAUAGGAUCCCCGACAGCUGUGACACACGGACCGGAGAAUGUCUUAAGUGUCAUUUCCACACCACUGGUUUCAACUGUGAACACUGCGAAGCAAACUUCUUUGGAGAUGCAACUCGACAGGAUUGCCAAAACUGUGUCUGUAAUUAUCUUGGCACCAACUCCUCAGGUGGUCUUUGCGACAGAGUUUCUGGCCAGUGCCACUGUCAUCCCAAUGUUAUUGGAAGAGAAUGUGAUCAAUGUGCUGAUAACCACUGGAACAUUGCUAGUGGAGAUGGCUGUGAACGUUGUGAAUGUGAUCCCCUCGGUUCAUUUUUCCAGCAAUGUAAUCAGAUCGAUGGUCAGUGUCAAUGUAAAACUGGUCGAGGUGGACGUACGUGCAGUGACUGUGAAGAUUACUACUGGGGAGAUCCCGCCGUCCAGUGUUUCCCUUGCAAUUGUAGCCGAGAAGGUUCAAUCUCAACACAGUGUAAUCGUCGAACUGGCCAGUGUACUUGCAUUCCUGGUGUCACUGGUCACAAUUGUGACAAAUGUGCCCGUGGAACCAUCGGAAAACUACCCAACUGUAAAUCAUGUGGUGAAUGUUUUGAUAAUUGGGACAGAGUUGUACGUGAUCUCAGCGAUCGCACUCAUGAGAUGGUUGACAAGGUCAAGAAUAUCACCAUUACUGGUGCUGCGGGGGCUUUUGAAAAGGAAUUCCGUGCAAUGCGAGAGAACUUGGAUGAAGUUAGGCAGAUUAUAAGUGAAGUUGGUGGUUCAUCAGAGACUGUUGCUGAAUUAGACAAGAUGCUUGAAACAAUCAAGAAGAAUUUGAGUGUCAAUAACAGAUUAGUUGAUGAUGCUGAAAAUAAAUUACUUGCCACCUCUAACACCGUAUUGGAUUACAAGAGCAAAUUGGAAGCUUUGCAACUGGACAUAGAAGAUUUACGAGAGAAAGCUCGCAAAUUGAAUGAUAGUGCUCAGAUAAUUAAAGAAAAUGAUUAUGAAGGAGCCUACAACAUAACGUUAGAAGCAAAGCAGAUGUCUGAUAAAGCUGAUCAAAUUGUCCGUAGAGCCAUGAAUACUGUAAGAAGUUCCGAACAGAAUCGUAAUGCAGUUGAAAGAGAGAUUGCUCAUGUAGAAAAUAAAUUCCGGUCUCAGCUCGAUGUGGAGAAACGCAAGCUGGAUGAUCUUGACCAAAAUGUUAGUGAUCUUGAUGAGAAAUUGAUGGAUGUCAAUGAAAACGUCUGUGGCAAAAGAGGAGACCCUUGUGAUGCUCUGUGUGGUGGUGGUGGUUGUGAAAAAUGUGGAGGUUUUGGUUGUAAUGGGGCUACAACAAAGGCAGAGAAUGCAUUGGAACUUGCUGAAAAGGCUCAAAAGAAUCUACAAGAGAGAAGUUCAAAGAUACCAAAUAUUGUUAAUAAGCUGAAUAAUAUUAAAGACAAGACAAUGGAUGUGAAGAAAGAUGUUGAAGUUCUUUAUAAUGCUUCAGUAAAUGCUAUGAAUGAUUCCUCAAAUGCUCGUGAUGACCUUGAAAAAAUGCUGACAGACAUAAGUGAUUUGUUGAACUCUGACAAAGCAAAACUUGAUGAAGUCAAGAAGUUGGCAGAAGAUACAUUAAAUAUGAAAAUCUCUUUGAAACCUGAGGAAAUUCGAAAACUGUCUACAAAAAUUAACAAGACAGUAAAUGGACUGAAAAAUAUUGACGAUAUCCUGAACGCUACAGAGAAAAAUCUAGCUAUAACAAAGGAACUGAAAGAUAAGGCUGAUGCAGCAUCCACAAGGGCUGAAGAUGUCUUAGGAACAGCAAAUAAAGUCUUGGAUGCCUUGAAAGAAGCCAAUGCCUCACAGGUUGAUGCACAUGCAGCUAUUGAAAAGGCUGAAGAUGAUAUCAAAGCAUUGCGGAAGAUCUUACGUAUGAUUGAGCAGUCUAUGUCAGACUCUGAGAACAAGGCUCGGCCAGCUUUAGAUACUCUCAGAAACCUUAUUAAUUCACUCCAAGACCUGAAAAAUAAACAUUUCCAAAACACCAGGAAUAAAGAACGUGCUGAUACAAUGUCCAAGAAAGCUAUGGAGACUGUAAAGAAAGCUGAGAAACUUGCCACUACACUGGGGAAUAAGUACAAUCGUACAUCAGACACCCUGAAAAUGAAGUACAAUGCUACAUUUACUAUAAAGAAACGGGCUAUUGAAUUGCAAGAGCGAGCAAGUAAAUUAGCUGUCUCUGUUACAAAGAAGAACCGUGACCUCCUUUCUUUGAUGAGCAGCUUCAAACAGCGCAACGAAACGGUAACUCUUCUUUCUGAAGAUAUUAGUGAAUUGAAUAGGAAGAUGGAAAAAUACUUGGAGGAAAUCAAAAUUCGUGCUGAACAUUAUGUUACUUGUCAGCCUCAAUAGAAGCAAGGAUGCAAUAUAGAAAUAAUCCUGACUUGUUUCCCCUCAGCCCAUCUCUCUCUCUCUCUCUCUUUUUUUGUCUUUCUUUUUCCUAAACAAAAGAAAAAAGAACAAACCACCAUCGUGUCAUUUCCAGUCCAUCAACCACACUGCCAGUAUGUUACUUUUUGACCAUGAAUAACUAACUGACUGAAUCUGUCUACAUCUAAAAUACUAAUGGUGGUCCAAUAGCCUGUGUGGGAGGGAAAGCAGACCCUAACCAACAAACCAACAAAAUCAAAAAAUGUUAUAUUUGUUGCCUUUUGGGCCUCUUGGUUUCAGAAGCAACUUUGAGAAAUAGAUUUAUAGCAUUCUUAAA